AUGUUUGAUCAGAGUGAUAGCCAGAGUAAGUCUGAAGAGCAGGUGAAUCGAAGUGAGGGCACUAGUCCCUCUGGCAGUUAUGAUGAAGGUAGCAGAAGUACUCCUAGCAACCUGCCUAAGGCUGCUACUAGGCAGAGGAGGAAGAGAAAUUCUGACUCUGAAGAUGAAGACUAUGUAGCUGCUGAGGAGGAGGUCAGCUCCAAGAAAAAGGUUGUCAAGAAAGAGUUUGGCACAACUGCAUCUACAAAGCCUGGUAUGCAUAAGAAGGCUCCUGCAAAAAGAGUGCCCAUGUCUAAGGCCAGAGCCUCCACUCUUGAAACUUCCAAAUCAACUAGUGGAGAAGCAGCUGGUGAGGGCAAGAAGAAGAAGGAAAGAAAGAGAGGGAGAUGGUGCAAGAAAGUGGAUCCCAUGGCAGAAUUUGAGAAGCACUCCUCUGAUGAGGAUGAAGAGGAAGAAGCAGAGGAUGUUGAACUAGCACAUAAAGCUCAAAAGAUGACGGGGGAUUUGUUUGAUGUGCCCCAAAAGUUCAAAGUGACGAGUCUGAUUGUUGAGACAGUCAAGAGGAUAGCUGCAGAUCAGAAGAGAUCAUUUGUCAUGGAUGCUGAAGAUCCUACAUCUGUAGAGGCUCAAGAGAAGAGGGAGAAAGCUAAAGCUGAGAAGGCAGCAAAGGGAUUGGCCACCCUGACUCAGAACCAAGAAAGCCUGGAGAGGAUCAUUGAAACAAAAUUCUAUGAUCUUGACUUGAAGGUGACAGAGAUGCAAAUAGCAGUUGAGCAGCUCCAGGAAGAAGCUGGGGAGAGGAAAGGGCAGGCUACCAUAGAUGCGUUUCAGAGGGUGCCUAGGGGACAGAGAUUUGCUGCAGUGCCAGUGACUGACACAAGAGCUACUACAUCAGCACCUGCAACCACAGCAUCAGUAGCACCUCCAGUUGCCACUCCACCAGCUCCAACAACUUCAACAGAUGCAUUCAUCCUUGGAGUCCUCUCAACGCCUCCUCCCGAAGAUCAAGCCUAG